ACAUGUCACAGCACGUAUUUGCCAAUCCAUUGUGUGGAUUUCGCAAGAAGUUGGAAAUUACUGUGAAAAUGGUCGGAUUGAUCUGAGAAGAAGCUAGCAUUUACAACAUUUUAGGCAAGCAAGUCGAGUUGUUAAGAUGUUUAUUCUCGUGACUAAACCCGAUCAGAACAUUUGUGAGAUUGAACUAUCUCCGAAAUCGCUUGGGCAAGAAUGCCUCGACAAGGUGUGCCAAAAACUGGGAACUAUAGAAAGUGAUUACUUUGGGCUGCAGUUUACAAGGAAAAAUGGCGGUGAUCCAAUGUGGCUCAAUCUUCGAAACCCCAUCAACUCACAGGUCACUGGACCUUCACCACUGAGGCUGCAGUUACGCGUCAAGUUUCAUGUUCAGCCUCAUUUAGUUCUACAAGAAGUUACAAGACGGCUGUUUUUCCAAGAUGUAAAACUGGACCUCAUCAAUGGUAAACUCUUGGCCUCCGUGAAGGAAAUUGCCCAUCUCGCCGCCCUCCUUGCCCAGGCCGAGCAGGGCAACUACAGACCGGAGACCCCUCAUUACACAUGUCUGCCACGCAGGAUCUGCAGUGAUGAGUUCAUCACCCAAGUCAUGGCAGAGCACGUACGCUUACGAGGUAUGAAACCAUCUCAGGCAGAGAAUAAGUUUCUGCAGGAGGCAUCGUUGUUGGACAGCUACGGUAUGGAGCUGUAUCAUGCAAGGGACACCAGUCAAGGCAGUGUUCUCUUUGGUGUUGGGCCCCAGGGCAUACAUCUCUAUUCUGAUGAACCUAAAGUAGAGUGCUUACAGAGAAUUGGACUUGACCUGAUCCUGAAGGAGUCAAUCAAUGGAAAGUGUUUCAGUGUAACAUACCCCCAUGAGGCAAAUGGUGAAGUUAGCCCAAUGACACUCUCUGUGAAACUCCCGAGUAGAGAGGUGACUGAAGCGUUGUACCGAGCGGUCACCGAGAAGCACGAGUUCUUUAUCUGUGACACAGUGCAGCAACAGAUCCGAGCUGAGUGUGUGCGUGACUUCAGGGGAACUCUGGCAUCCAUCUUCACUGAGAACACCGAGUAUGGCAAAAAGUUCAUGUUUGACGUCCAGCGGACAUGGAGAGAGGUUUAUGACAGUACAAAAAGGAAGCUGCAUGUCGCUGGGUGCUCAGAAAUGCAGCGUGUGACAUUCAGUGAUCUGCCUGACCAAGAGAACAGUGCGUGUACAAUGUCGGAUGAAGAUGAGGACAGUAACUUAAAGUCGUUGAAAGAGAAACUGGAAACGCUGACAAACGGCUUCACGUGCAAGGUGUGUAUGUCAACAACGCUGGAUACAGCUUUCUUCCCCUGCGGCCAUUUGUUGUGCAGCGUCUGCGCGGAACAGGUGGAGGCAUGUCCUCACUGUCGAGCAGACAUUGAACAGAGACUUCGAAUCUUCUUGCCGGUAGAACCACACAGAGAAAGCGUGCCAAUAUGAGUGUGAAAACCGUAACUCAGCAGAACAUUGGUGUUGUGCACAACUGCUACAUUUAACUGGCUACAGAUGAUGCUUGUGUUUCAGAACACUUAGUGGAGUAUUUUAUCAGGACUAUGGUAUUAUGGUAUUGGCUUUAGGAGUGCAAUAUGCUUUCUAAUUUAAAUGAAGAGCCACUUUCGAGGGAAAGUCUGUUCUUGGUAACUGUCACAAAUUUAAAGAGUUAUUGGAUUGGAAUCUGUGUAUUCCAACUGCAGUAAUACAGUGUUUUUUAAAUUGUAUAAGAAAAAGUCGUAAAUUAACAGAUUAUUCAUAUACUGUAUUUUUGGAAUAUCUUUAUAGAACGAUUUUGUAGUCUUGCUGCUAUAGGUGGGUCUCAAGAAAGAUAAGAAAAUAUCAAAUUCUGUGUUAAUUUAUAAAAUAGCAAAUACAGAAUGGAUGCUCUUCAACAUUUAUUUUCAAGGGAAGGUACAAAAUGCUAAAGUGUUUGGCCAGCAUCUUCAAAGAUGCAAAGAAACUUGAACUGCUUUGUUGUUCUUCUUAAAACUCUUACACCACCAAUAAGCAGUGGGGCAUUCUGUGCUUGUGCACGAGUCCACUGGUAAAGUAGAUGGGAUUUGAACCCCUGACCCUCGCAUUGAAAAACAGAUAAAAGUUAUUGUUCAGUUGAAAGGUUAAAAGAGCAUCACGUCAACUGUUGCUGAAUUGGCAGAUAACCAUUAGGGUCUAUAACCUAAAAAAUUAAAAUACACAAAGCUAUUAUUCCAUGCUAAAUUACACUUUCAUUUACAUACGUGUGCAUGAUUGAAGUUUUCCAAUAUUUUAAAACAAAUCUCUUCCAGUGGCGUGCAUGUACCUUCCCUCUUAUGUUUACCGGACAAAAAUGAUUCAAAAUUUCCCCAAAACAUUCAAUAUUGAUCAUAAUUGUUGUUACGGUCCUAGUAUUGUGAUACAGAUGAUCACUUUUUCACUGUCUAGCAAGCCCACCUUGGAGGGAAAUCUUAACGAGAAUGUAUGUUAAAUCACAGUAUUAAUCUGCCACCCUCAGUCCUUGGUGCCAGCAACUCGAGCACCAGGUGUUUAAAAGAGGUGUGGUCAUUUGUUAUUAUCUUUUCAAAUUUUUAAUUGCCCCCAAAAAAAUGAAAAGAUUUUGUUAUUAACUGUGAGUUUUGAUUUGAGUGUUUGUAAUGUUACUUCAUUUAUAAUAUGUUAAUAUUUAUCCACAGAUGAAAUCUGUUGUUUGUUACCGUGUCUUUUAAUGUUAUAGACUUAAUCAGAUGAGCAAAGAAUGUUACCUCUACAACUUGAAGAAAACAUAAAUAGGAUUUUGUUAUUAUUUAAGAUUAGUGUAUUGCGUCGAAAACGUUUUAGUUGAGAGAGCAUUUGCUUCUUUGUGUAUAUUUUAGUCACCAUAGUUUAAUUUAAUGUUGAGUGUGUGUUUAUAGAGGCUCCAUCACCAAAUAGUGAUUUGUCUGUGAGCUGCAAAAAUAAUCGCAUAGCGAAACUGGUUAGGUACUUGGGCCAGUUGCAUAAAACAACAAAAUAUUGCUGAAUUACUUAAUUUGCCAAAUGAAAAUGUUGUGUAAAACUAUGAAGAAAGCUUCUCAUGAGGAAUGCACUAAAAUAUUGUGCUUUAGUAACAUGGAAAUCUGGGAAGAGAGUGUCUA